UGAGUCAAUGCCUUUCUACAUAUUUUCUGAAUAAUUUGCAAAUGCAUUUUCUUCAAAUGUAUAAAAGUUAGAAAACGACCAAACUUGAAUCAUUCCAAAAUCAUUAAACUCAGAGCAAACAUUAUCAAGCUAAAGACAAGCUAAGAAGCCUAUUUUAUUAAUAGAAUGCGCGCCUUCAUCGUGUUGUGUUUGUUUGCCGUUGCCUGCGCAGAUAAGUUGGGCUACAAUUAUCGUCCUGUUGGUCAUUCGGAUUCCGGUCUUUCAUUUGCACCAGGUGGUGGUAGUGGUGGUAUUGGUGGAUUUGGUGGAUUUGGUGGAAAUGGUGGUCUAAGUGGGGGUGAUGAUGCUGAGACGCGCGUUUCGCCUUCUUAUUCUGCACCCGCCGCAGAGUUCGACAAAGAAUUCUACACCUACACUGCAGACGAAGACGAUUUCAAUGAACCCGCUGGUAGCGAUCAGCUCGCCAAUGCAUUGAAGAAGAAUUUACGCGUGGUUUUCAUCAAAGGACCGGAAGGUAAUGGCUUGGAGAACGCUGCCAUCAAUCUUGCCCGACAUGCUGCCGAACAGAGAACUGCUGUGUACGUUCUGCAGAAACAAGCCGAUUUGGGUGAUUUGGCCAACAAACUGCAGGCGCAACACGACAUACAAAGCCAUAAGCCAGACGUGCAUUUCGUCAAGUAUCGCACACCCGAAGAUGCGGCUAAUGCUCAGCAAGCAAUUCAAUCUCAAUACGACCAAUUGGGUGGAAAUUCUCAAUCGCACGAUGGAGGUGCUGCACCAGUUCACGACUUUUCGUCACCUGCAGCUCGACCAGCCGCUCGCCCAGUUAGCGCGCCCGGCGCUUCAUACUUGCCUUCGUCGAUUAUCCGUUGGUAA